GCUGAACAUCACGGUGGAAUCUUGGUGGGUGCAUCCCGUCAGAUCAAGUUACAGGAACCGACACAGUAUUAGAGCCCGCGUCUGUGCACCGUACACACUACAGUAGGAAGUGCAGUCGGAUACACACUACAAGGUUGUGAAAAGAAAGGUCCAAAAUGAACAGAAACAGGAAAGUCCCGGAGAACGUGUUGGCGGUGUUCUCCAAGUACCAGGCGAACAACGUCAGGCAGCUGAAGAAGGAUGAAGCUCUUGAGAUGCUGAAGGCAGAGUUCGGACUUGACAACGAACAGGCUGAAAAUAUCUUCUACACCUUCGACAAGAACAACGACAACAUCAUGAGUAUCUGGGAGUUCAAGAUGUUCUUCGACUGCGCUGGCGACCACGCCCAGGAGAUCGUGCAAAAGUUCCGGGAACUUGACGCCGAUGGGAGCGGCAAGCUGGACGUGGAGGAGGCGAGGCUUGGCCUGAAGACUCUCAAAACAGCAACUGGGCGUGUCCUGGAGGAUAAGGAGAUUGAAUUCUUUAUCCAGACGACGGGGACAGACGACAACACCAUCGACCUCGGCCACUUCGUCAACCUUCUGCACCGACUGAAACUCUACAACGCCCCUCCACCACCUGCUAACGUCAAGAUCCAUGCCUAGACUGCGCACACAGUGAAUUGACGCGGGCAGGACAGAGAGGUGCGGUUUAUACCGUAUUCUCUGUAAAAAAUACGCUUGUAAAAAUGCAUCAUAACAUAAUUUCUGUAGUCCAUUGUAAGUCUUUAUAAUGUAAAUUUAUUAUACAACGAAACCCCGUUAAGAUGGAAACCCCGAUUAGUUUUUUGAUUGUUUACACGGAUACAAGGGAGCUUGAUUCAUUGGUCCGUGAUCCGGACAUUUGUUUAUCCGGGGGAUUUUACUGGUCCAGACUAAGGGGUAUUUGCUGUAGCUGUAUUUAAUGAUAUUAAAUGAGGAUGUUUAUUGUGGGAUCUGUCUAAUACGUAAUUACAUAUGAUCAAUGUUUACGUUUAGAGGUUAUUGCUAUAAACACUAUUGGUAUUCUGGACAAUAUUUGAACAACUAGUCAAGUUUAUUUUAAUUUCAUCCUAAAGCUAUUUUAAUUGUAUUCACACAAUCAAUAUCAUCGGGUAUAUUGUAUGUAUAUUCAUGUAAAUAUAUGUCGCAUUUCACUUUCUGGUUGAAUAAAAAUAUUGCUCACGAAACUUCAACAAUAAAAUCUGUUCCUGUAUAAUUACACCUAAUUACGCAGAUUAUUUACACAAAAUCACGUUUCGAGAUGCAAAGCGGGUUUCGAUGACAGCCCCAUGUCGGGGCAUUUAAAUGUAUUUCACUGUUUUCCUAUUUAACCAUACACAUGUUAUUCAUCGCAUGCCAAAACAUAUUAUUUUAUUUAUAAUAAAUCAUACAGUACAGCAGUGAUACUUACUAUCACAUACGACAAGUAUGCUCAUGAACAUAAAUAUGUGUAUCUUUUAUGGAGUGUUUGAUUUGCCACAAAGCGGCAGUUUCAUUGAGGGGAGAUAACUCGUGUCAGCAUAACGUAUGCUUGGGAAGGGAUGGCACAGCCAAGAUCUGUUGCAAAUAAUAGCCGUCCGUAAAAAAAUUCCUUUUUCAUCAUAUUUUCAUUAAAUGUUUCAUGGUCUCAGUAGUUUGCUUUAUAUAUCUGUGUAUUCGCUGUUGCAAUGUCAGCUGUCCGGAUAACAUAUUAAAAACUAUUUUGCAUAUUUAAUUUAUUGAAACAUGUUCUUUGAACUCAAAAAGUUGCAAAGUAGCAUAAUUAUGAUUUUUAAGUUUUAACAAAAUUGAUUUUUUGCUUUGAUCUAAAGAUCUAGUAGUCCUGUACCAAGACGGGAAUAUAUGUAUUUCAGUGAAGCCAAACAAUCUAGAAUAGGAAGCCAAGCCAUCUCUAUUGCACAGAAAUGUAAUGAGCAUUAAGAAUUUCAUCAGAUGAGAUAACUGUAUUGUGUGAUAAAUGAUUUCAUAGAGUAAGUGGUAGUCUAGUGCUCGAGGCAUGCUUUUGUUUAUUUGCUGCUCAACAUUUCAAACGGGGUUAUCAUUUAUUCAUAGGAUGCUCAUGUCUUAUUGUCUCAAAUGUGUUCAAGGAAAAUUCCUAUGUUGAAGUCUUUCACUUUUCAUUUUCUAUCUUGUUAUGAUCACGAUUUGAUAUAAUAAAUAUUUAUUCAUAACA